UAGUGCAGAAGCCAGAAGACAAAGGUGAAUUGAAACAUGCAACUGGAGAAGACAAAUGUUGACUUGUCCAAUGAGAUUAUUCAAAAAUGAACACAAAUUGAUAAAAAUUUGCGUAUGUAGGCGCUUACAUCACGGAUAAAGCGACCCUCCUACAAUCACACCCUACUAAGAAUGUUAUAUAACAUUGAACAAGAUCUAGGUGAAUUCAUCAUACAAUCACACCCUCCUACAACAACAAUAAUGGAUUCUAAAGUUUCUCAGCUCCAUUUCGUCUUGUUUCCUAUGAUGGCCCAAGGCCACAUGAUCCCUAUGAUGGACAUUGCAAAAAUUCUUGUGCAGCAAAAUGUUAUUGUCACAGUAGUCACCACACCUCAUAAUGCAUCACGUUUCUCUUCAAUCCUUGCUCGUUACAUUGAAUCUGGCUUUCCAAUUCGAUUAGCCCAGCUCCAAUUUCCAAGUAAAAACUUUGAAUUCCCAGAAGGGUGUGAGAAUCUUGACAUGCUACCUUCACUCGGCACCGCCUCGAGUUUCUUCAAUGCACUAAGCUUUCUACAACAGCCAGCAGAAAAUCUAUUUGAGGAGCUAACUCCAGCACCAAGCUGCAUAAUCUCUGAUGUUUGUUUGCCAUACACAAUCCACAUUGCUAGCAAAUUCAACAUUCCCAGGAUUUCUUUUAAUGGAGUAAGUUGCUUCUUUUUCUUCUGCUGGCAUAAUAUACGUAUCAGUAAUAUCUUGGAGAGCAUAACUGAUGAAUCAGAGAAAUUUACUGUUCCUGGUAUCCCUGACAAAAUUGAAAUGGCCAAAUCCCAUAUAGGAAUGGGUUUGAAAGAUGAAGGUUGGAAACAGUUUAGUGAUGAAAUGGCUGCAGCUGAAAAAGCUAGUUAUGGGAUGAUCAUGAAUUCUUUUGAAGAGUUGGAGCCAGCAUAUGCAAGGGAUUACAAGAAGGUUAGAAGUGAUAAAGUGUGGUGUGUAGGUCCUGUAUCACUCAUUAACAAGGAUGAAUUGGAUAAGGCUCAAAGAGGUAAUAAGGUCUCAAUUGAUGAGUGCCAAUACAUGAAAUGGCUUGAUUGUCAUGAGCCAAAGAGUGUAAUUUAUGCAUGUUUUGGAAGCUUAUGCAACUUAACACCAUUGCAGUUGAUAGAGCUUGGUUUGGCAUUGGAAGCAUCAAAGAGACCCUUCAUUUGGGUGAUCAGGGGAGGAAUUCAUUCAGAGGCAUUGGAGAAUUGGAUUAAGGAAGAUGGAUUCGAGGAAAGAACCAGUGAUAGAAGCCUUCUGAUUCGGGGUUGGGCUCCUCAAAUAUUGAUGUUGUCACACCCUGCAAUUGGAGGAUUCAUAACACACUGUGGUUGGAACUCUACUUUGGAAGCAAUAUGUGCUGGUGUCCCUAUGAUUACAUGGCCACUAUUUGGGGACCAAUUUUUGAAUGAAAGUUUUGUUGUGCAUGUAUUAAAAGUUGGAGUGAAGGUUGGGGUCAAUAGUCCUGUUAAGUGGGGUGAGGAAGAGAAAACUGGUGUGAUAGUGAAGAAAGAAGAUGUUGAAAAGGCAAUAGAAAGCUUAAUGGAUGAGACAGAAGAAAGUGAUGAAAGAAGAAAAAGGAUUGCAGAGAUUGCUCAGAUGGCCAAAACAACUCAAGAGAAAGGAGGAUCUUCUUACUCUAACGUCACCUUGCUCAUCCAAGAUAUCUUAGAGAAAAGUAAGAGAGAUAUAUGAGAAGAUAUGAAUGCAACCAAUAUAUAUAUAUAUAUAUA